UCUCAUCAAUGACUACCCUACCCUAAUUUGUAUUUAAGAUAUAUUGGAACAUUGUUGCCUAAAUCAAACAUCUGUUGCAAAGAAUGAUAGUUCACAUAAUUUAGUAUGCAUUAAAUUUCAUCGGUAAAUAUUAUAAGUAAAACGAUGGCAAGCAAAUGAUAUAACUUGCGAAUACUGCCAGCAAACAUGACCAUUUCCAAUCCAACAGCCCAGCACCAUGGAGUUCGUCAAAAAGUUAAGCAGGAAGCAACUGUUCCAGCACUCUUACAAGGAUCCUUCAGAGUACUUUGCGAGUUUGCUCGUGCUACCAAACAAAAUCGCUGGCGUCGCCGGGCUGGACGUGCUGAGUCCGGAUUUCAAACGCUUUACUCCCAACUUGAUCGGUUUGGUGCUGACUUAUGUGAUGUUUGCCGGUGUGUCCUUCAGCACGAUCGUUGAGGUACGUGACGACGUCGAUGAUUUGAUCUACUGCCUGGUGACGCUCGGAAUGGGAAUGCAAGGGCUGAUGAAGAUUUUCACCUUUUUGCUGGCCCGCGAUGAGCUAGUUUGGAUUCAAGAGUACUCGAAGAGGCUGUUCCGUGAGGAAGGAAUUGCGCACAAGUGCUUGAUUAUGAACAACAUUUUGCUGAUGAACGUGGUGACGAAACUGAUUCUGGUGUUUUAUGCAUUCACGACCGUUUUCAUGCUAGUUGCUCCAAUGUUUAUCACACUGACUACAGAUCAUAAGCUUCUCACGUUCGGUUUUUGGCUUCCGUUCGUCGAUCGUUUUUCGUGGCUUGGCUAUGGGUGUAAUCUGGUGAUGCAUGUGAUCAUGUCCAUUUUCAUCAGUGCCGAAAAUAUGGGUCCGGACACAAUUUACUUCAUGACCUUGAUAAAUUCGUACACACAAAUUGAUUUGAUGCUGGCCAAGAUUCGAGAAGUAAACAAUAAAAUUGCGAAUAAUAAUGCAAGUUAUAAAGAAAAGUUGAAUGAUGUAUUCAAACGCCAUCAAGAGCAUUUGGAAUACAUUGGUGUCGUUGAAGAUGUUUACAGAGGUUAUUUUUUCGUACUUUUUUCGAGUCUGGGUGCGUCACUCGUGUUGGUACUGUAUGCGGUUGUAACGCGUUCGUGGCUGGCUGGCUACAAUUCCUGUGUCUUUAUUAUAAAUGAGCUGUUCAUAUUUUGUUUUUUGCCUACACUCUUGGAACGAAAGCUUUCCUGGUACCAAGGCUAUGUUUUCAUCGCGUUCCUCAGCUACCAGCUGUUCUUUGGUUGUUUUCUGGGCACAUUGCUAGCAAUUAAGAAUGAACAACUGCAGCAGGCAAUUUACAAGGUCACCUGGUACAAGUUGUCCAUUCCGAACCAGAAGAUGCUUCAGUUUGUACUGAAAUCAUCGCAGGAAUCCGUUUGCAUGUCGCUGAUUUUCGCCCCCCUCGAUAUGAGCACAUAUCUGCAGGUCUACAAGUCGAUCUACAGCUUGUUCACCAUGCUGCUGACCGUUGAGGAUGAAUGAUAAUAAAACAGAAUAAACGCAAAAAAAAUAAAACAUUGCUGAAUGUUAUCGAAUAGUUUAUGCGCAGUUUCUCAAACUUUUCCGCGAAUUUGCUACACUUCAAGUUGCAAGUCAUUUUUAACUGGAAGAGUACCAUGCAGCCACUGUGUAAAACUACUAUUAAAUUCUAGAAUGUUCUCUUCAACGUAUAAUCAAACAAGUUCGACGAAUAAAAGCCUUUUCUCGCCA